AUGGGCAUGGCUUUCUCGCGCGUGUUUGAGCGCCUCUUCGGCAAGAAGGAGAUGCGGAUCCUCAUGGUCGGUCUGGACGCGGCCGGUAAAACCACGAUCUUGUACAAGCUCAAGCUCGGCGAAGUGGUCACGACCAUCCCGACGAUCGGCUUUAACGUGGAGACGGUGGAGUACAAGAACAUUAGCUUCACGGUGUGGGACGUCGGUGGCCAGGACAAGAUCCGUCCGCUGUGGCGCCACUACUACCAGAACACACAAGGUCUGAUCUUUGUGGUCGACUCGAACGAUCGCGAUCGCGUGGACGCGGCUCGUGACGAGCUGCACCGCAUGCUGAACGAGGACGAGCUGCGGGACUCGGUGCUGCUGGUGUUUGCCAACAAGCAGGACCUGCCCAACGCCAUGAGUGCGGCCGAGAUGACGGACAAGCUGGGGCUGCACGGCCUGCGCCACCGCCAGUGGUUCAUCCAGGCGUGUUGUGCGACGACGGGUGACGGGCUGUAUGAGGGUCUGGACUGGCUCUCGGCGACACUUCAGAAGAAACAGUAG